AACUUCGUUUUGUUCAUAUUCAUUUUUCAGUUUAUUCAAAUCUUAGAUGCGACAAAUUCGAGCAGAGAUUGGUGCUGUAUCUAAAGCUGAUGGGUCUGCCAUUUUUGAGAUGGGUAAUACCAAAGUAAUUGCUGCUGUUUAUGGACCUAGAGAGGUUCAAAAUAGGAGCCAACAAAUGAGUGACCAGACUCUGGUUCGAUGUGAAUACAGCAUGGCUAAUUUUAGCACCGGUGACCGCAUGAGAAAACCAAAGGGUGGUGACAGGAGAUCAACUGAAAUUUCUCUGGUUAUUCGACAAACCGUGGAAGCAUGCAUAUUGACACAUUUAAUGCCCCGUUCCCAGAUUGACAUUUAUGUCCAAGUUCUCCAAGCAGAUGGAGGAACUAGAUCUGCUUGCAUAAAUGCUGCAACUUUGGCUUUUGCCGAUGCUGGGAUCCCUAUGCGAGAUCUUGUAACUUCCUGUAGUGUUGGAUACCUCCAUAGCACCCCUCUGCUUGAUUUGAACUAUGUAGAACACAGUGCUGGGGGUCCUGAUGUAACUGUAGGAAUUUUGCCGAAGUUGGAUAAAGUAACGCUUCUUCAGAUGGAUUCUAAACUACCAAUUGACAUUUUGGAAAAUGUUAUGCAAUUGUCUACGGAAGGCUGCAAAGCAAUUGCAAACUACAUACGAGAAAUUUUACUUGAGAACGCAAAGCAACUUGAGUAUCGACGGGGUGUAUAGCUUUAUAAAAGUUCAUUCUUUCAUCAGCUAUGUACAUGGGAUACGGACUGAAGCAAGAAAAGUAGAGGUGAUAUGCUUGAUUAUUGUCGUAACAUAGUUUUCGUUUUACCAAUAUUGAACCCUUGACUAUAGUGUUGUGCGUAAUUUUUCGGAGCUUGAAUUAGAAUUUUGCCCAAAUUGUUUUCUUCUAUUUCUCAGGUUGUAAGUUUUUUGUGUUCAAUUUGUUAUUAUAUCAUAAAAUUUCAAUAGGGCAUUUCAUAUCUAUUGACGAAAAUGAUCAAAGUAGUUUGUGUUAUUGUUGUGUGUUGGAAAGACUCAAAUGACUCUCUAAUGGAAGCUAAUGCUUUGAACUUGAAGGAGUGUUAACACUUAACACUAUAACACACUUUUCUUAACUAGCUCUCUCAUAUUAGUUUAAAUUCGAGUGGGUUGUUCUAAAUUCCGUGAUAUCUCUUAAAUUUCGUAGAAUCCGUAAAAGUCGAGUCACAUCCAUCAUUUGCAAUAAACCCCCAUACAGAGUGCAACUUUAAUCUCUCUUAAAAGCCGAAUUCGUAAAAGUCAUGUAUAGGUUAUAUUUCACCGGUUGUGGCUUCAAAAGUGAAUUAAUUUGUAUUCACAGCUUUCAGGGAUGCAUAAUUUGAUUCCUCCAACUUAGAAGACCUCAUCUCAAAUAUAUAUUUUUGCCAUAUACACUAGAGUAAUGACGCAACAUUCUCAACCAUGGCACUGUCAUGAAUGUUACAAUUUGAAAGAUCCUAGCUGCUACACUGUCACCAACAUUUUUGCAACUCUGCAAUACAAAAAGCAAACAUGCUGCUACACUCCAGCUUUUCAUUGGCUGCCUGGCAGUUAAAGAACUCGUCUAGAUCAUCCUCCACAUCAUGAUCACACGGAGAACUGUUCGGUUCACAGUCUACGUAGUACCUUUGUAAUUGUAACAAUUGACAUUGCGAGUUUUACAUCUUUGU